AACAAUGAGAAGAGUGGCCACUUGACUUAAGGGGAUUAUGGGACAUUUCUGGAGGUCAAUCAGAGCGCAGUAAUGCAACACCUCGUUCACACUGACACGGAGCAUCUCAGCCAAUAAUCAUGUCAGGAGCUCUCUAGCCAGCGAGUCACAGCGCUCUACAUGCCUUGCCAGUGUGGCCGGGGAGGGAAUUAGAGCACACUGGGUGGCUUUAGUGUGCUCUAAGUUGCAAGUGUAGCCAAGCCCUUAGAGACUCUGUCCCUGGGAGGGUUUAAAAGUGCCUCGGGGGUUAAGUGCUGGUGGGAGGGGCCGGGUCUGUGUUGUAAUAAAGUGACUGAGGGUUUUCCCAGCAUGGCAGAGUCCAGAGAUCUGUCUGCAGGGAGGGAGCCUGGGGGGAAUCGGGGUGUGAAAUGGACUCAAGGCCCUUCUGAAACCUCCCCCAUCGCCCCUCUCGCCCUGACAGGCUGAGGAAUCACGCCCACAUUUCAUUCUAGAUCGUCCCAUCUUCCAGGGCACAGGGAAGGGAAAUGGCUGUGAUGGAGCUAGCUCAGAUGCCGGUGACCUUCGAGGAGGUGGCUGUGUAUUUCACCGAGGGGCAGGGGGCUCUGCUGGACCCCUCUCAGAGAGCCCUCUACAGGGACGUCAUGCAGGAGAACUAUGAGACAGUGACCUCACUGGGAUUCCCCAUUCCCACACCUGACCUGAUUGCCCAGCUGGAACGAGGGGAAGAGCCGUGGGUCCCGGAUCUCCAGGCUGCUGAGGAAAGGGAGAGCCCGAGAGGCACCUGCACAGCAGGUGAUAAGACAGUGAGUGAGAACAAGGAGGUGAAUCAGCAGCAGGAAGGUCCUGGGAAAAUGGAACCACAGGAGAGGUUUUUGAGAAGAACUGAAGGGAAUUUUUCCCAGUGCUUGGAACAGGGUGAAGUGUGGGGAGAUCGACACAGAUCAGAGAUGCAGCUUGGAAACUAUCCCGAGAAGAAAUUGGAUGAAUCCACUGAACAUGGCGGAGGAUGUAAGGAUCCCAAGGAAACCACAGUGCAACACACAAGUCACAAUGAAGAGAAACCCUACAAAUGCCUCGACUGUGGGAGAAGAUUCCCUUUCAGUGCAAACCUUAUUAAACAUCAGAGAACCCACACAGGAGAGAAGUCCUAUGAAUGCUUGGACUGUGGGAAAAGCUUCAGUGAGAAGUCACAAGUUAUUCUACACCAGCGAGUGCCCACAGGAGAGAGAGCCUAUAAAUGCCUGGAGUGCGGGAAAAGCUUUAAUGAGAGGACACACCUUAUGGCACAUCAGACAACCCACACAGGAGAGAAGCCCUGUAAAUGCCUUGAGUGUAGGAAAUGUUUUAUCGAAAGCUCAUCCCUUACUAAACAUGGAAGAAUCCACACAGGAGAAAGACCGUAUAAAUGCUUAGACUGUGGGGAAUGCUUCAUUCAGAUGUCACAACUCAUUAUACACCGGAGGAUGCACAUAGGAGAGAGACCGUAUAAAUGCUUGGAGUUUGGGAAAAGCUUCACUGAGAAGUCACAACUUAUUCUACACCAGAGAGUGGACACAGGAGAGAGACCCUUUCAAUGCUGUGAAUGUGGAAAACGUUUUAUUCGGAGCUCAGCGCUUAUUAUACAUCAGAGAACCCACACAGGAGAGAGACCCUAUGGAUGCCUUGAGUGUGGGAAAGGUUUUAGAGAGCGCUCAAAACUUAUUAGACAUCAGAGAACCCACACUGGAGAGAGACCUUAUAAAUGCCUUGAAUGUGGGAAAUGUUUUGCUGACAGAACAAAACUUACUAUUCAUCAGAGAAUCCACACAGGCGAGAGACCCCAUAAAUGCUUAGACUGUGGGAAAAGCUUCAUUCAGAAGUCACAACUCAUUAUACACCGGAGGAUGCACACAGGAGAGAGACCGUAUAAAUGCUUGGAGUGUGGGAAAAGCUUCACUGAGAAGUCACAACUUAUUCUACACCAGAGAGUGCACACAGGAGAGAGACCCUUUCAAUGCUGUGAAUGUGGGAAAUGUUUUAUGCGGCGCUCAGUGCUUAUUACACACCAGAGAACCCACACAGGAGAGAGACCCUAUAAAUGCCUUGAAUGUGGCAAAAGUUUUAGUCAGAGCUCAAAUCUUAUUGUACAUAAGAGAACCCACACAGGAGAAAGACCCUAUAAAUGCUUAGACUGUGGGAAAACUUUCAAUCAGCGCUCAUACCUUACUAAACAUGGGAGAAUCCACAUAGAGAGACCUUCUAAAUGCCUUGACUGUGGGAAAAGCUUCAGUAAGAGCUCAGAGCUGACCAAACAUGAGAGAAUCCACAAGGGUGAGAGACCCUAGGAAUAGCUUGACUGCAGGAAAAGAUUCAAUUUGACUUCAUACUUCAGUGACCCACACAACAGAGAGACCUUGAAUUUGGGGGAAGCUUCAUUUGGUGCUUCCGGAGUAUCAGGCAUCAUCAAAUCCACACAGGGAAGAAACCUCUGAGAUGUUCUCAGUGUGGAAAAUGCUCCAAGUGGAGCUAACACCAUGCUGGACAUCAGAGACUCCCCCACACAGGAGGGAAAUUCUCUCAGGGCCCUGACUGGGGCCGGCCAUGGGUACAAACCCAUUUCCUUGUUCCCACACACAUCAGGAGCGUUUAGCUCCCAAGGAUCCAGCUGCCCAUCGCUGGGGUGAGGAUCCAGCAGCAGCCGAGCAACAGCUGUUCAAUGACCCUCUGGCUCUGCCUGGUCUAAGCAGACCCCAGGCAGAGGAGAAGCCCUCAUCAGCCCCUCCUCCCUGCUGCAGCCCUGGCUGCUGAGCUGAUGGGGCACAGGUAGGGGAAGGGAGAGAGAAAAACUCCUCCAGCUGCUCCCUCUGCCUGGCUGAAGUCCCCCUUCCCCCAUCUCUUUUCCCCUCCCAGUCGGGAUCCCCCUGCCAUGGAGAUGAGAAGAAGGACACUUGGGUCAGGCCCCACCUUCACUCUAGAACCCUGUCUCCACCCCCCAUCUUCCACCACCCCCUGGGCUGGGCUCCCCCACUGACGUGGAGCUGUUCUUUGCAGGGGGAGGGUCCCUGGGGGCUGGUAACCCCUUCCCUCCCCAAAUGCCCCAGGGUGCUGGGCUCUGGGGGAUCUAAUAUUUAGGGACUAGGCCGAUGGGUUAUGGGGAGGACACUGGGGAUUGACUGGUUGGGGCUGGUGGAGCUGGGAAGCAGGGGGAGCUGGGUGCUGGGGCUAUUGAGUGUUUGGGGAUCAUGGGAUAAGAGGCGAGGGAGAGCACAGGGUUAGAAAGGUGCUGCCUCUCCUCACUCACCCCCUCUGCCCCUACUCCCUCUCGUCUGCAUUCAGACAGCACCACUGAGAGGGGCUAAUUCCCACAGGGCCUUUUGUUGGAAUCUUGGAUUUCCCACCUCUGCCUCGCAGCGUCAGCGUCCAAGGGCCUGUCUAUGUUUGGGAUUAACUAGCACAUCUCUGAAACUCGACCAGAUUGCCUAGUCCAGACUGACCCUGACCAUUGAAUUUAUUCUGAUUUGGUGACAGUCUGUUCCCCUAUGUUCACCUCUUUUACAAGA